AUGUGCUCCCGCCAGGACAAAGACCAGUGCCACCAGCAGGAACGAUCCUCCUGCCACAGCAGUGAAGGGUGUCACAGGAGCAGCGGAUCCGGAUGCCACGGGAGCAGUGGUGGAUCUGGAUGCCACAGGAGCAGUGGAUCUGGAUGCCAUGGCAGCAGUGGUGGAUCCGGAUGCCACAGGAGCAGUGGAUCCGGAUGCCAUGGGAGCAGUGGAUCUGGAUGCCAUGGCAGCAGUGGAUCCGGAUGCCAUGGGAGCAGUGGUGGAUCCUGCCAUGGGAGCAGUGGUGGAUCCUGCCAUGGAAACCCCCAGGAGUGCCAGCAGCAAAUCUACCAAGUGUCCUCAAAGAUGAAGUGA